AUGCCUACCUCCAACGCCUCAAAUACUUCUUCCCCUGUCAAGCGCCCCGGUCUCGGUCGCCGUGCAGUGUCCUCCCAUGCAGUCGUCACGCGCACCGCCAAUCCUAAUGACCUGUCGCUGUCUCACACGCAGAAGACACUUCUACAUCAUAAACCUCACCGCGCCCAUGUUGUUGGUCGCAACCACCACCGAAACCCCUCCACCGGCAAAAACUUCAGCAAACUUCAACGAUUCCAACUAGGUCCUGAGACUGCUGGGCGGCAUCAUCAGCGCAAGAAGUCGGCCCCCGCAACUCCAGUGGCGAGUCCAAAGGAAGGUGGACGCGUUCGCUGGGACAACACUGUGGGUGAUCAUUCCACCGAUCCUUCCAUGAAGAGAAACUAUUCCACUCCUGUAUUACGCCGGAAUCCAUCAGCUGUUGGCAAGAAAGCCUUGGUGACUGAGCGACCGACCUCCAGCACGGUAAAGAAAAAGACGGUCGGCUUUGAGCUGGGAGAUGAUGAGACCGACGAGGCUGAGUGGGAAGAUACCACACAGUCACCCGAAAGUACGAGGCGCAACUCGGUCGUACCAUCCAAUCCCAGUGCAGACAAUAGCACCGUUCUUGUCGAUCACCUUACCUUUGUCAAGCGACCGUAUCCUCAAAUGCCUCGAGCAACCAGUCUCCCCGAGUCGAUCACCACCAAGUUUGUUCGAGAACGCGGUGAGCGAAAUGAAGAUGAGGAUGAGGAUGAUGAAGCUAAGCAGCAGGACUCGGAAGAAGAGGCUGAGGAGUCUAGUCAGCACACAGAACAAGGCGACAGAGCAACUCGUCUACUAAGCCCUACACACUCAUCCAAAGCACCCCCCCGCCAUGUCCUCUAUCUCGGCUAUGAAGCCAAGAGUCCUAAUCCCGCAUCGCGUAGUAGUGCAUCUCUCAACCUGGCUGCUGGCCAGGACAACGCUCGGCGCACAUUCUCUACAACCAGCAUGGCCAGUAUGCCGGGCUCUCACCCGCAGGCUACCUCAUCCUCCAUGGAAGGUGGAGUCUCGAGGUUCAUUUUGAACAAGAACAGCAUGCAGGCAUCUUCUCGCACCGAUUCAGACCCAAAUACCCCCUCGUCGUUCCUCCCGCACUACCACCCUCAAACACCGCCCUCUCCAAACACUGCAGCGGCCAAAUUGGCCGCGUCUCCUGCGCGGCCGCGUGGUGCUGACCUGCCUUCUCGCACACAACAGAAGCUAUGGCUUCAGCGUACCGCCACCCUCAAUAACUCUCCCCCUGAUAACCAUGGAGUGACCGCAGCAGUUCCACCGUCUGCCAUUGACCCAACGUUUAUUGCCGCUAGCCAUGGCACUUAUGACGCCGGCAGAGGGCUCAACGGCGACGGUCGAGCUGGUGGUGCAGGACACGACAGCGAAGCCCGUCACAUCCGCAAGGCCUACGAGAAAACGUCUCUAGAAUUGAUGGUCGUGCGACGUUUUCAGUCCCCCACCGGCCAGAGCUUCGCUCGUCUUCGUCACAUCAUCCGAGCCAACAAGCCGGAGAAAGGAUCAACUCCCGACAAAUCAGUCGCCUCAACACCUUCGCUGCCCCUGGCGCAGCAAAACAAACGGCCCAAUCGCCUCAGCUCCAGUCCUGCGUCCAAACCCCAAUUGCGCAAUCCAAACUCCACCGCUUCUGAAGAUCCAGCGAAAGAUAAUCAACCUAUCAAUACCGCAGAGGCUGCCAAGUCCAACGAUCCAUCUCAUCGCAUCCUCUCCACUUCAGCCGAAGCUCCGCGUGACCUGAGCGGUGAAAAUGACGAAGCAUUCCAGAUUAACGACAGCGCCAUGCUGAUCCGCCGGAUGUGGGAGAGCCGAGAGGUCGCCAUCCCUGGCUAA